UGGAGAUGGGAGGCGAGCAGCAGCAUGCUCUCACCCACUGACAGCGAGGAAAGUCAACAAUGAAAAAAAUAGCAGCAGCUGAACAGAAAUGCGCGGCGCGGGGAGCCGUGUGGUGGUAGCGUGGUUGUUCCGCGAUGAGCCACGGACCCCCGGACCGCCGGUGUGGAGCCGGACGGGACAUGAGGGCAGCCUGGAUCCUGACCGUGACCGCCCUCAUCGCCGCUCAGACUGCCGGAGGAUCACCGCUGGUCCCGGAACCUGAGGUUUUUCUGGAAAAGUAUGGCUACCUCCAUCCAGACAACCACAUCCACAAUGCAGUGGAAGUGCAGUCAGCCAUCCGCGACUUCCAGUGGUUGUCCCGGCUUCCUGUCACAGGUGAACUUGACAGUGCCACCCUGAGACAGAUGGCGGAGCCCCGCUGUGGGGUGUCGGAUGAGGGCAGCCAACAGAUCUGGGCUCGGAGAGUAAACGCCAUCUUUACUGGAAAGAGGGCUGCUGCAUGGCGACCUCAGAGCCGCAGAACGCGCUCUGUUGCACAGGCUGAGAAGUGGUACAAACGUCACCUGACCUACCAGAUAGUGAACUGGCCACGCCAUCUGUCUCUGGGCUCGGUGCAGCUGGCGGUGCGUGCAGCUUUCCAGCUGUGGAGCAACGUGUCGGGCCUCGUCUUCCAGGAGGCCCCUGAAGGACCUGCAGAUAUCCGGCUGGCCUUUUACGAGGGAGACCACAACGACGGGGCCAGCAACGCUUUUGAUGGACCAGGGGGAACUCUGGCUCACGCCUUCCUGCCUCGCCGGGGUGAAGCCCAUUUUGACAUGGCGGAGAGGUGGACGCUGAAUGGACACAAAGGACACAACCUGUUUAUGGUGACCGCCCAUGAGAUCGGACACACCCUGGGGCUGGAGCACUCCCCGGUCCGUCACGCCCUAAUGUCGCCGUACUACAGGAAACUGGGCCGCAGCCUGGUGCUGAGCUGGGAUGACAUCAUUGCAGUACAGCAGCUGUACGGUAAGCCGUCAGGUGACCGCCCUGUGAGGCUGCCGGGUCAGGUUUUGCACGCCACACUGCAGGAGUGGGAGUUCACAGAGCUUCACAACAGGCACAAGACCACAGGCCAGCCUCUCUACUGCCAGGGCGUCUUUGAUGCCAUCACUAUGGACCAGAAUGAGACCGUGCUGGUGUUUCGGGGCAGUGUGUACUGGACAGUAUCAGCUGAGGGCAAUGUGAGCGGCCCGCUGCCUCUCCGUCAGCGCUGGUCUGACCUCCCUCCUGCCAUUGAGGCUGCUGCCUUCUCCCCACUGGACUUCAAGUGGUAUUUUUUCAAAGGGAAGCGGAUGUGGCGAUACACAGGCAGUGUGCUGGACCCUAGCUUCCCCAGGAAGAGCAGUGAUUUGGGGCUGCCUCGCCACCCUGACUGUGCCUUCUAUUAUAAACCCUUGGGUCACAUGGUCCUCUUCAAGGGCUCCCGCUACUCUGUGCUUAACCUCAAAACCCUGCGCCAGGAGCCCUACUACCCCCGCAGGCUGACGGACUGGACUGGGGUGCCAGAGGGGACCAAUGGGGCGCUGACCCGUCCAGGUGGACGCCUCUACCUGUUCAGACAACAGCGCUACUGGAGUUUUGACCCGGUCAAGGUGCGAGUCACCAGAGAGGGUCUGUGGGCUAAGGAUCUGAGCUGGACUGGUUGCAGCAGCACUCCUCAAAGCAACAACAUUCUCUGACCAGCAGAUGGAGCUGUAAGAUUGAGAUAAAGUGCAAUUUGUUGACAUAGACUGUAAUACAGAGGUGCUACAACUUUUUUUUUUUUUUUUUUUUUUUAACCUAAACCCACAUUAAAUUUAUAUGAUGCAAAAGGAGGCUGGCAGAAAAAGAACUCAUCAUGUAGAGACUUACAGACACAAGCCUACUUGGUUUAUAUAUUUGAAGUACAUGCAGUAUUUAUACUGCAGAGCAAUUAAUAUUACUGUAUACUGUUGUGCAAUUAUAGCCCUUUUUAAUACAGUAUGGACAAUAAUAGGAAUGUGCACUCUAAAGUUAGCGGACCAAGAACUGUUUUUAGGUGGGACCAAUAUUACACAGCAGUUUGUUCUAUGCUUUAAAAACCAGAUUUUUUUUCCUCUUGUAGCAUUUGCACACUGACAGAAAAACUGUGCUUUUAUCAUCUCACCCAAAGUAUCACUAACAUACGUAAGAUAUAUAAAUAACUGUCACCUACUUUGGCCUGUGAUUGUGUGCUUCCCUCCUAAUUGCUUGCUAUGGUAGGGGGCCUGAAUCUCUGUCACUGAGGUCCAACAGUUUGGACAACACGACGAGUACAUCUAAAGUGUCUAGAUAAAGUGUAUGGGAGCAGAACAGGUAGGUGAGUUGUCCAGUGUGAUAGUGGAAGCUGAAAGCUGUGUCAGCAGUGUUAAUGCUUAUUAAAAAACAGCUGGAGAGGGAAAAAAACAUUUCAGUGAUAAUAACCGUGAAUGUUUUCACAUUUAACUAAAGAUGAAAUUCUGUCAGGUUCAGGAUUGAAGGCUUGAAUAGCAACAGUGUGAUUAUGCAGCUGGGAAACAUCCAGCAUUCACUUCUGAUCUUUUCAUCCUGUCAGAAUAGGCUCUUUUAGUGUCAUUUUCACAUCACUGCAGGACAAGCGAAGGCCUGUCAGUGCCUACAUACAUCAGUGAUUUUUUUUUUAGCUCUUUACGGUACGCUAAUCCCAGUGCUAAUGAAUUUUGACAGUGGUAUUACAUUAGCACUGAACCUUAAAACUUUUUUGUCAUGUGGAAACAUCACAGUCAGAGCACACAGCCUUAAUAAUUUGACAACAAAAAGCUGUUUUGUUCAACUGUCUUUUAAUACUAAGCCUGAAGACAUUUCUCUGCAUCGCUGAACAGUUUAGACACUAAAGAACCUUCCAGUCGAUCCUUCCCACUUUUUUCCAGUAACACCCGUUAACAGUUAAACAAAUUCACAUCUUUGAACUGUCCUGCACAUCCACAUCACCCUGAUGACUAGUGAGGAGCUCAUACUGUAUUUGAACAAGCACUGGCCAGAAUCCACAUGUAACACAAGUGUAUACUAGAGUCAGGUUCACUUGUAGGUUAAGUGGUUAAAUUUAAAUUAUUUUUUUUUCUCACCUAAUACAAUUAUUAUUUUUUUUAAUCAAACUGAUCAAUCCAAUACAUGAUGGACUUGCUAAAUUUCACUUAUGCUAAUAUGCUUGCUGAUCCCUCAGCUUUACUGUGGCCAUACAGUAACUUAACAUUUCUGAGGUCUCAGGCACAUUUGGGCCGUUUGAAACAUCUUACAUAAUAAUGGUUUAUAUUGAAAAAUGUAUUUGCAUGCUCUCUUUGAGUAGUUAUUUUGAAAAUCCUAUUAACACUUCACUGUCUGUGGAAAAACAAAACCUAGAAUAAUCUGUGAAAAUUCAACUGCUUUCAGUGCAGUAAUUUGGCCAGGUCUAGUCCACCACUUCUACAUUUCAACACACAAACACUAGAACAAGGAUCAUUUGAAGUGCAUUUGAACAAAUGUGAUCAAAGCCACAAGGCUAUGGUUCUACAAUGUAAAGUCUGCUAUCAGCAUUGUGGAGAGCAAUAAGAUUAAAUCAGAUUUCUAAUCAACAACAGCGGCAUCAAAGAGCUCCUUCACGCUGAGAUCAUCUUCAUCUGUUUCAAAGGCAAUCUAAAAAUAAGACAUUAGCUUUCCUAGUCAAGUAAUAUGAAAGAAACCUAGACAGACAUUAGUACAUUGACAGUAAUACUUAUAUACAAAACAUUACCUUCAUAUGUGCUAUUCACAGGGCUACAAGUUAGCACAAUAGCUGCACAAAUCAUUAUUGUGAUCUAUAUAUAUAUCUAUUUUUUAAUAUUAUAAAAGCAAUUUGGACACUCAACAAUGUUUUUACCUGCACUCUUAUAUAUCACUCACUUUGUGCAACUGUCUUACCAGGUUUGGAUAGGAGGUGACAGUUA